CCAGGUAUUGGGUUUUAAGAAGCGUGGUCCGGGUAUGUUAUCAACGUUCCUGAUAUCAGCGGUAGCACACGAGUAUGUUUUGAUUCUCACUUUCCGGUUCUUCUAUCCGGCUCUCUUUCUUAUGUUUGCUGGUGUAGGAUUUUGUUUCAUAUUUCUGACAGAUAAAGGUUUAUCGAGGGGUUGGAAUGUGUUUAUGUGGGUUGCUUUAUUUAUUGGCAAUGGUUUACUAAUGUGUUUAUACAGCCAAGAAUGGUAUGCACGAAAAAAUUGCCCCCAAAACUCUAGUGACCUUAUUGAUAUGCUGAUACCAAGAUCCUGGACGUGUAAAUACCAAGUGUCCCAGUAACAGAUUUACUUACAAAUUCAACUAUUUAUUACAUAAACUUACAAAAGAUUUGGUGAAAAACGCAUGAUUUUUUAGAUCAUUAACUUAUUUUUGUCCAGCACAUAAUUCAAUGCAAAGAUUUUUUUUUGAUGAGAUGUCCCCAUUUCAUGACAGUUGACGAGAUUGUUUUCAUUCCACAGCGUCUAUACGCAUACAUAUUUUAUGAUUCCGUGCAAUAAUAAUUUGGGGGGGGGGGGUAUGUAUUCACCCUACCUUACAAGAAACUGAAAGAUGCAAAUUUGGAGAGCACAGUGAUGUAAAUAUAAAAAGGAUGCCUCAACCGUAAAUAUAUUCCAAAUAUUAAUGUUAGUUGCAAGUAUUGCAAUGUCUGCACUCUGGUAUAUUUUCAGAGUCAAUACACAUAAUUUGGUAUUCUUGGUAUUCUCUUAUUAUAAUUCUUUGUCCAAGAUUGGUUGUUACUGAAGGAGAAAUGGGGGGGGGGGGGUUAAAUAUGAUCCAGUUGUCGAGAGCCAGUUGUAUAAAUUUAUGUGUAUACUGGUAUUUUACUCUCAAAUCAACAACUGAAAUAUGGAAAAAAAACACGCUAACUCAACACGUGAUGGUGUAAAUGAAUUGAUUUCAAAUCUUUGUGAUGUAAGGUGAGGUUUUUUUGGUCAGUCUUAUUUGCUGCCUCUCAUGCUGCACAAUUUAAUUCUACCAGUCCUUUUUCUUUAUCUACUUAAAUGUCAACAACCAACAUGCUCGC